AUGUUGCCAGCAUGGAUGUCUGGCAGCAAAGGCUGCGGAAAGCUCAAGAAGUUUUUGGAUGAACGUCCUGAGCUUUUUGCGGUAACGCAACACCGACAGUUCUUUGUCGUGUCACUGAUGCACCCAAAGGCCAACCAUGUGUUGUCGCCAUCUUACAGUGACAUCCAAAACUUGCCCUGCGCUGCCGAUUAUUCCGAUCCUGUACCGGACGUCAAGUUUGCAUCGGGCCAGCCACAAUCACCAGAGCAGCCUAACACGCGGUGGUUCGCGCUGCUCUCAUCAAGUUCCGCGAAAGCCAACAGGACAUGUUAUUUGCCCGAGCUGAAAGCACUUCCACAGUGGGUGGAGUGGACAGGGCGACCCAAGUUGAAAAGCUUCAUCAAAGAUCUGGUCACUUUGGAAACAAAAAGGUGGGAAACAAUUGUCGUACACUUGCGACCAUUUUACCUCGCAGAAGAUGCGAGCAAAGAUGUUGAGGCACUUGGUAGCAUCAGCAGUCCCAGUUCUGAGUCUGUGCAGGAACCUCGGGCAGGCAUUCCAGCAAGUCCUGCAACAGAGCCGUGGACAGGAAUCCAUGAGCCUCUGGUUUGCUCAGCGGGUACCCUCCUUCUAGCAGCGGUCAUUCAGCGGAUCGUGCCAAGAAGUCGGAGGGAUGCUGCUCGAUUUGGCCCUUGGUCAGACCGUCCUCGUGCAUCCCUUCUACAUCCGACUUACCCAUGA